CGACAACACAGAUACUAAUAAUAGCCAGUUCCUGCUUGACGACGUUGUCAACAAUUUUGAUGAAACAAAAUAUUGUUGUUUUAUUUUAUUAUCAUUUAAUAUUAUUGUGCCGAAAACAAUGCAUAGACAAGAUUCUGUAAAUGGAUAUUAGUUAUUCUCAGGAGUUUACUGGCGUUCCAAUUCUGAAGGAGACUUUGAUGUUCUUGUUCAAGUUAGCAUGGGAACAGUUCCACACUCUCGUCUUAGUGACCGUGUCUAGCACAGUUUGGCUCAGUGAUGACUGAUGCAGGAUAAGAAAUGUUUUGUUCACUUAGAAAUUUAUAAAAAACACAUGUUGCUUUAUUGUUAAACAUAUAUAUGAUUGACCCCAUGUCGGAAAUAAGUUCUUCCAUUAAUGAUAACUACGCUGGAUUUGCAACAUCUCUCUCCAGGUUAUUGAUGUUCUUUUUUCAAUUUGCUUGGCGUCUAAAAUUCCGCCUGCCAAGUUUAAUAACCACUGUAUUUCUUGCUUUGGAUGUUAGAGUCCGAGUGGAAAUUCAGCUGCAACAGUUUCCUUAGAACAUAUGUGAAAAGUAAAGCAAAGAAAACGAUUGUUGUAAAUCAUGAGUCGUGGUGUCCGAGACUUGCGUGACCUUAUCUGUGUGUCACGACUUUCAAUUCGUGACAGUGAUGAGGAUGUAAUUAGUGAUGAGGAAAUGCGAGCUGGAGAGCUGGAGAACUUUUCCAUGAGUAGCAGUGGAUCGGAAGGUUGUCACUCUUCUGCUUCCAAAAAUAGUUCACACAGAGUUAUAUCCCCUGAUUCUGGAGUAGUAAUAAAUGGAUCUCCAACUGAACAGGGUGCAUGUGGAGAUGUUAAUGCUCUCAACGCAUCUCAAGUGAAGUACAGUAAAAAGAAAAGAAAAAAGAAAGCUCUAGCCACAUUUCCUCCCAAACAUGAAAUGCCAAAACCUUUUGCACUUCCCCCUGUGCAGGACAGUCUUUCGAACAGAGUCAACCCACCAAGUCCCUCACAUAUAUCGGAGAAAUCCUGUGUUUCUAAACAAAGGAAAUCUGAAGUCGCACCAAGAAAUUUUGAUGACAUGAUGUGUUACAUGGAUGCUACUAUAGUCGCAGGAUGGUUAGGUAGAGCCAAUGCCAGUGUUUCUAAUUUGGCGCAGUAUUGCAAUUCUGGUGACAAUUUUGUUCAAUUUGCUCAUUUUUGGCUGUCUGAUUUUCCUGAUGUCCAGAAACAUGACAUUUUCAAAAUGGAAAAUGACAUUCUCUUGGAAGAGCUUGGUUUAGUGUUUGCUGUAGGCAAAGAAGCCAGGAAAGUUCUUCACAGUGACAUUGUCCAGUUCGCGUCGGCCAUCUUCAGGGAGUAUCCUGGGAAACUAGUCAGUCUGAAAGGCCCGCACUUAUUUCUUGAUCACCUGGAUGUGCUGGUAUCUGAACAUACUGAUCAGUAUAAGAAACUGCUAUCCGACGUAAAGUGUGCUACUAGAAACCGACAGUAUGCUCAAUGGCUCCUGGCAACACGGUCAUUUGCUCUUGUCAGCAUGUGGGUGGCCAUUAUGAACUUCUACCGAAACCUCACAGGUCGACAGGCAGCCUGCUCUACUCGGCCUGUUUCCAGUAAUGUUUCAGAUAACAGUAUUCAUCAACAGCGGCUUUCUCAGGCAGUUAGACUGGGAUUUGUAGACGUGGUGCACUACUUGGUGGUGCGAGGUCAUGUGAAGCCACACACGGUUGAUGCUCACAACCGUACUGUCGUGUUCAUCGCGGUCAUGCACAAGCAGACUCAAAUUCUACAAUACUUCCUGACCAGAGUGAAGCCGCCUGUGGAUGUGAACCUUCCGUCUGACACUGGGAACACCCCCCUGCAUGCCGCGGUUAACAAUGGCAGCCUGUCUCUUGUGUUGAAGCUUUUAAAGUGUGACAACAUUGACUUGAACUGUACUAACCCACAGUGCGAAAAUGCCACACCAUUACACCUAGCUGUUAUGCAUGGAAAUGAAGACAUUGUUAAAGCUUUGCUCAAUACAGGAGCAUGCACAACAGCCAAAAUGGGCGACCUUACCCCAAUGGAUAUAGCUAGAGACUUUGGAAAAGAAAACAUAGUAACGCUUUUAGAAGAGAAAUUGAAUAUUUCUGUGUGACGUUAGUUUGUUAAGUUAUUAUGAUCUGUGAUAAAUUAUAUAGUUAUAUUUUUCAUGAAUGUUCAUGUAUGUUCUUUGAUAUACAUAUGUGUGGUUUUUAUGAAUGCUUGAUAAUAUGGUAAAGAGUGAAAACUAAAUAAACGUAACUAAAAUA